GAGGGGCCAGAGCCGUGGCGUGGCACUGGCAGUAUGCGGGCCUAUUUAAAUAGGGGGUUAGCGUAGGAAGACACGGCUUACUCUCUCACACCUUCCCUCUCUCUUGGGAGCGACUGCUGACCAGCCUUCUCCUCCAGCUCUCCCGGGUUCACAGCUGCCUAACUCAACAUGUGCGACGAAGACGAGACCACAGCUCUGGUGUGUGAUAACGGCUCCGGGCUGGUGAAGGCUGGCUUCGCCGGCGACGAUGCCCCCAGAGCAGUGUUCCCCUCCAUCGUGGGCCGCCCCCGUCACCAGGGUGUGAUGGUGGGUAUGGGUCAGAAAGACAGCUACGUAGGAGACGAGGCCCAGAGCAAGAGAGGUAUCCUCACCCUCAAGUACCCCAUCGAGCACGGCAUCAUCACCAACUGGGACGACAUGGAGAAGAUCUGGCAUCACACCUUCUACAACGAGCUGCGUGUGGCCCCCGAGGAGCAUCCCGUCCUGCUGACAGAGGCCCCCCUCAACCCCAAGGCCAACAGAGAGAAGAUGACCCAGAUCAUGUUUGAGACCUUCAACGUACCAGCAAUGUAUGUGGCCAUCCAGGCUGUGCUGUCUCUCUACGCUUCUGGCCGUACCACAGGUAUUGUGCUGGACGCUGGUGAUGGUGUGACCCACAAUGUGCCCGUAUAUGAGGGUUACGCCCUGCCCCACGCCAUCAUGAGAUUGGACCUGGCUGGCAGAGACUUGACUGACUACCUGAUGAAGAUCCUCACAGAGAGAGGCUACUCAUUCGUCACCACAGCCGAGAGAGAAAUUGUCCGCGACAUCAAGGAGAAGUUGUGCUACGUGGCCCUGGACUUUGAGAACGAGAUGGCCACCGCUGCCUCCUCCUCCUCCCUGGAGAAAUCUUAUGAGUUGCCCGACGGCCAGGUCAUCACCAUUGGAAACGAAAGAUUCCGUUGCCCAGAAACUCUUUUCCAGCCCUCCUUCAUUGGUAUGGAGUCUGCUGGAAUCCAUGAGACCACAUACAACGGCAUCAUGAAGUGUGACAUUGACAUCCGUAAAGAUCUGUACGCCAACAACGUCCUGUCUGGUGGUACCACCAUGUACCCUGGUAUCGGUGACCGCAUGCAGAAGGAGAUCACAGCUCUUGCCCCCAGCACCAUGAAGAUCAAGAUGAUUGCCCCCCCUGAGCGUAAGUACUCUGUCUGGAUCGGUGGCUCCAUCUUGGCCUCCCUGUCCACCUUCCAGCAGAUGUGGAUCAGCAAGGAUGAGUAUGAGGAGGCUGGCCCCUCUAUUGUCCACCGGAAGUGCUUCUAAACGCCAGGCUCUCUCUCCCCUUCUGUCAGCUACUUGUUCCCUGUCUGUGGUGCUCCCCCGUGUCUUUCAGUUGUGUCGUUGGUACAUCUCAAGCCCGUUUGUCAUCACCAUGAACAUCUUCGUGACAUGCCUGUUCCAAAUUUGGGCAAAUUACUGAAUAAACUGAGGAUAUGUCAAACGUUUACUUUUCAACAAA